ACAAACUGCUUCUUCUUCAUGCUGUCACUCUGAGCGCAUGUCUCUGUAAAAACCUGAUCUGUCAGAUGUUUCAGAAACUUCAACGCGCCAAAUGUUGAUGUUGAAGCUUCUCACGCAAACACGUUUAUCCCGCUCGCACGCGUGUGCGUGGAGUUCAUCGGCCUCCCGGAAACCACGACUACUGAUUAUCAGUUCCUGGCGCGGAUUAAUUCUCGCUCCUCCAUAAACAUAUCAAAUACACGCGUUUAAAUGGAAAAAAGAGCAUGUAUAUAUUAUUUUAUCAUCUGUUUGACUGAAACGCGUGUAACAACUCUAACAGCAGCGCUCCCGAAGCCACGGGUUGUUUCUCAUCGGCGCGGGACCUCGUGACGUCACUUCCUGUCGCCGGUUCUGCAGUGAUUGAUACAGAUCCUCAUCAUCCUCGUCGUCUGAUGAAGACUCAGGAGGAUGCUGUGGGCAGACGGAUGAGCUGUGAUGGAGAGAGAGGAACAGUCCGUUAUGUGGGUCCGGUUCCUCCCACCGCAGGUGUGUGGCUGGGAGUGGAGUGGGAUGAUCCAGAGAGAGGAAAACACGACGGGGGUCAUGAAGGGGUGCGAUACUUCACCUGCAGACACCCAAAGGGCGGCUCGUUCGUUCGGCCCAAAAAGGCCAGUUUCGGUGUGGAUUACGUGACGGCUCUGAAGCAGCGCUACGAGGUGGAACUACAGGAGGCUAUCGGAGAAGAUCUGACGAUCUCCAGCAAAACCGUGAUGAUGGUCGGCUUUGAGGACGUCAAGCAGAAACAGAGGCUGGAGAACCUGACAGAAAUCAGUCUGAGGAGAUGCGAGGUGUCUGGUCCCGGUCCGGAGAAUGAGAUCAGAAAUGCCACACCUUUCGCUCGGUCUCUGGAUCUGUCUGGAAACCUGCUGAGCUCAUGGGAGGUGCUGGCGGCGAUCACCGAGCAGCUGGAGUCUCUGCGGGAGCUGCAGCUCAGUCACAACAGAUUGAGCACCUCCAGUGACCUGAGCCGUUUAAGCCCCGCCUUCUCCUGUCUGAGGGUGCUGUCACUCAACAGCUGCGCGCUCACCUGGACUCAGGUUCUCCAUUGCGUCCCCAUGUGGCGGCAGGUCGAGGAACUUUAUCUCGCUGACAACGACAUCACAGAAUUAUUAAGACCACAGCAUGUGCUACAGGCUUUAAAAGUUCUGGAUUUAUCCAGUAACCAGAUAGUCCAGGAGACGGUGCUGGAAAUCUCACAUCUACCCGGGCUGCAGAAGCUGAAUCUGUCCAGCAGCGGUUUAUCAGUCUUUCAGUUCAGUGAUGCUUCACCAGGCAACAAGACGGCUUUGUUUCCUGCACUGAAGACACUUUUACUAGACGACAACAGCAUUUCAGAGAUCGCCGGUAGAGAGAUUGAGAUUGACAACGAUCUGAAGCCGCUGGAGUUUUACUCCGUGGAGGACGGCGACAGAAUUCUGGUGCGCUGGUCCUGA